CUUUUGGGGGCAAACUCAUACUUCAAGGGAACCAUAAACUCCGUUACUCUACUCAGGGAACAGAGCGACGAUUGUCACUUUCUACUUUCUUUAGCAGUAGAAACACACGUGUGAAUAUAUCACUGCAGACCCAAGAAGCUAGUUUACGUAAGGAGACUUAGGUUCAUCGAUGCCCAUCGAGCCAACGCGGCACUUCCGGAUGCGCAGAUCUAACCGAGAUUAUUCGACGUUGGUGCCAUAAACGGGUGAGAAGGAGUGAGGCAACAUCCUCCAGACUGUCAGCAACACAACCUCUUACGUUUGCCCGAGUUGUCGCCCGUCGUGUGAACCACGAUAACUGUCUUGACAAUGACGAGCGCCAUGGCAAACAUGUCGUCCAUGUCGACCAAGUCCAACAAUUCCUACCUGUCCGACCUUCCGCCGCUGCCGUCAUACACGCUCUCCCCCGUCGAGCCGCUCAUUCCAUACAUUUCCGACUUCUACCUCUCCCUCCUGGCGCCAUUCGCAGCUUACUGGGUCCUCUCGUUAUUCUUCCACUACAUCGAUGUCAUGGACAAAUGGCCUCAGUAUAGGCUCCAUACGCCAGCGGAGAUCCUGAAGCGCAACCGUGUAUCCCGCUACGAAGUUGCCCGAGACGUUAUUAUUCAGCAGAUCAUACAAACAGCCGUUGGGGCGAUACUGGGCCUGACCGAACCUGAGGAGAUGGCAGGAAAGGAGGAGUACGAUAUUGCAAUGUGGGCAAGGCGUAUACGGAUUGCCCAAAGGGCGCUGCCACAGCUGUUGGGAGCCCUCGGGCUUAAUGCAGCCGCCAUAUCAAAGAAUGUUGCAAGCUCUUACCCGCUGCUCGCAGGCGCAAUAUCAGGCGGAAACUACCCUUGGCUGACUACUGGCAUCGAUGUUGUCAGCGGUACUCCAGUACCGGCGUUUGCGAGUUGGGAGAUAAUGGCUUCGAAGACAAUCUACUGGGGACUUGUCCCAGCAGUGCAGUUCUUCAUUGCCAUUGCCAUUGUCGAUACAUGGCAGUACUUUUUGCACCGCGCCAUGCACAUUAACAAGUGGCUUUACACUACAUUCCAUGCUCGUCACCACCGCCUGUAUGUCCCCUAUGCAUACGGUGCACUCUACAACCACCCAUUCGAGGGUUUCUUGCUGGAUACUCUAGGCGCUAGUAUCGCCUACAAGCUUUCAUUCAUGACCCCGCGACAAGGGAUGUGCUUCUUCGUUGGGUCAACACUCAAAACCGUCGAUGACCACUGUGGAUAUUCCCUACCCUGGGACCCCCUACAGCACAUCACAAGCAACAACGCUGGAUACCACGACAUCCACCACCAGAGCUGGGGUAUCAAGACAAACUUCAGCCAGCCAUUCUUUACGUUCUGGGAUCGAGUACUAGGCACGGUCUGGCAAGGCGGAAACGUCAAGUCUCGUUACGAGAGGUCUGCGAAGGCCGCCGAAGUGCUUGUCAACGCCGACAAGGUACCGCCGAAGCGAGAAUAAUAAUACUUACACUAUAAUUCUUUUGUAGCCUAUUGAUGUAUCAAUUUUUUUUUGGCAUGGCGCACGGGAUGGUUGGGAUGCGGCCUUGGUUUGCGGGAGGUUUGGCGUCAUAUGGGCACCACUCUAAUGGACGCUGUAUGAAUAUAGAUGAUCUUGACUGCAGGACAGGAAGGUUCUAGUUGCAGGUUGGUUUAAGAGCCCUUACUAAUUUUAAUUACAUGAUGCUUCUUCAGAACAUGGUUGUUUGGAAUACAUUGCAGGAAAUAUUCCUCCACUUCUUCAUACGAAAUACAAAGCACAUUAUUGGAGUCUAC